CCGGACAUGUGGUGGAUGCUGUUUCCCCGAUGGAUUUGGUUUCUCCUGGGACACUGGUAUAUGGACAGCCGCUGCGUGGGAGCGAUGCCGAUGCCGAUGCCCAUGUCCGUGUCGAAGGUGGUGUACUCUCACGCGGGCCUGUGCCCCAACGAGCUGAACCCCAACCUGUGGGUGGACGCGAUGAGCACCUGCAUGCGCGAGUGUGAAUCUGACCAGGACUGUGAGUCGUUUGAAAAGUGCUGCCCUAAUGUGUGUGGAAACAAGAGCUGCGUGGCCGCGCGCUACAUAGACAUCAGGGGCAACAAGGGCCCCAUUGGAAUGCCGAAGGGUGCCACCUGCGACAAGUUCAUGUGCUCUCAGCAAGGGUCCGAGUGCGACAUCUGGGACAGCCAGCCUGUUUGUAAGUGCCGCGACCGCUGCGAGAGGGAGCCCCACUUCACCUGUGCGUCUGACGGCAUGACAUAUUAUAACAAGUGCUACAUGGAUGCAGAGGCCUGUUCCAAGGGUAUCUCUAUCUCUGAGGUCACCUGCAGGUAUCACCUGACCUGGCCGAACACCAGCCCGAUCCCUGCGGAGACCACCCUCCAUCCCACCACCGCCCUCCAGACCACCCUCCCCGCUGACAUCCAACUCCCUGCCAUACACAGCGGCCCCACCCAGCUGGCUGUGUUUGUCGGGGAGACGGCCAGUUUCCUGUGUGACGUGUCGGGGAAGCCGCAUCCGGAAAUCACCUGGGAGAAGCAGCUGAAGGGCAAAGACAACAUCGUGAUGAGACCUAAUCACGUACAAGGGAACGUUGUGGUUACUAACAUCGGCCAGCUGGUCAUAUACAAUGCACAGCUUCAGGAUGCCGGCAUCUAUACAUGCACAGCCAAAAACGUUGGAGGGAGAGUCUCAUCGCACUUUCCCCUGGUGGUGAUCAGGAGAGAAGAGAAAGGUAAGAGCGCAGAGGGGAACAGUACAAACCUGCCCUUUCCAGCCGAGGAGUGCCUGAAGAGCCCGGACACCGACGACUGCGGGGAGGAGAGCAUGAGCUGGUAUUAUGAACCAAAGAGGAACAACUGCUUCACCUUCACCUACAGCCAGUGCAACAAAAACCGCAAUCAUUUCGACACCUACGAAACCUGCAUGCUGUCGUGUGGAGGAGACCUGGCCGCUCCCUGUAGCCUCCCGAGCCUCCAAGGGCCUUGCAAGGCGUAUGAGCCUCGCUGGGCCUACAGCACCGACCUGAAGAAGUGCCAGUCCUUCGUCUACGGAGGCUGCGGUGGCAACGAGAACAACUUUGAGUCCAAGGAGGCCUGUGAAGAGAUGUGCCCGUUUCCGAAGAACCACAACUGCAAGAUGUGUAAACCCCGAGGCAAGAUGCUCGCCAGCUUCUGCAAGAGUGACUUUGUGAUCCUGGGGCGUGUGACGGACCUGACGGAGGAGCAAGAGUCAGGCCACGCCCUGGUGACCGUGGAGGAGAUCCUGAAGGAUGAGAAGAUGGGUCUGAGGUUCUUCGGCAAGGAACCGUUGGAGGUGACUCUUCUGAACAUGGAUUGGAACUGUCCCUGCCCCAACAUCACCGUGGCCAACGUGCAGCUCAUCAUCAUGGGAGACGUUCAAAACGGGAUGGCCGUCCUGCAGCCCGACAGCUUCGUGGGCUCCUCCAGCGCUCGCAGAAUCAGGAAGCUCCGGGAGGUCGCCCACAAGAAAACAUGCGAUUUCCUCAAAGAUUUCUCUGCCGUCCAGUAGAGUCUUUUAUAAAUCUCACAACCGCUGAAAGUCAGUUACGUUGUUUUCAGAUUAUUAUAAGCUCCAGUGACCUCACCGGUGCGACCGGCUGCAAUCACUCAUCUGUAGCAUCAGAGGUUUGGCUGCCUGAUUCAGACGCUUCUCUUUUGCUCCUUGACAAAGUCUCAUAAUCACGUUUCAUAGUUGAUCAUCAGUUGUUUUCAUCCAUGAUUUCCUCUCAGACGCUCUGUCAGAACUGUCCUUUCUUAUUAGAAUCACGCCGAGACAGUUCUGCUGUCAACGCCCGAGACACACUGAAAAAGGCAAGUAGAAUAUAUACAUAUACCAUGUAUAAAGUAUUUAAUCUUCGUAACUGUUUUUUUAAAUGACAUUAUAGUUUUCCUCUCCUGAUGUAAUUUCCUGCAAUGUCGUCCAUUUAGCAGUUUUAAAUCGAUUCGCUUGUUUGCUUUAUCUUUAUCUGGGAUCACCCAUAAUAGACAUUGUAUAACAACUAUUCUGAGCCCUUUAGCUCAUGAUAAUGCAAUGAAGCCUCAGUUCAUCGACCAGAAUCCAAUAAGCUUGUUGGCUCCAUUCUCUUGGAACCUGUUUUGUUUUAAUUUACAGAAUAUGUAUGUGUAUUUCUCUGCGUCAUAUUUAUUUUGUCUUGAUCUAUUUCUCAUUCUUUGAGAGACAUAUUUUUAUUUUAUCAAUUAUAUGCUAGUGUUCGAUAAAACCUGUAUGGAAUAAUAUG